GGGGAACCCAGAUAACGCUCAAUCUAGCACAUCUUGCGAAAGAAUUCUGGAUCAAAUCGAGUUGGAACGAGAUGCGCUAGAGUAGAGGAAUGGAAAUUACCUCUCAAGGUUGCAGUGUUUUGCUCACAAAAGAGCAUCAGAGCUCAGUGCUGCAGUUUUCCGGAUACAGCCCCAGCCUUGUGCUUUGAAGAAAAGGAAAAAAAGAGAGAAAAAACAAACUCAGCUAAAACUAACUUUUGGAUUUCCUCGCAUCACACACACACACACACACACACACACCCCAUCAUCUCGAGUAGCAGAGAUGGAAUGAAGGUCUGCGGGAGAAAAUCGCGUUUGCAGCUCGUAACGCGGGGAGCUUCGAUAUGAACCAAUAAUCACUUCGUCUCUCCGCUUAUUGCAUUACUGCACAACCUCUUGGAUAACAGAAUAACACCCGAUCGCUUGGAAACAGCCUGUUUUUUUUCCUUUGGUUGUUCUUGUAUUUUUUUUAUUCUUCGCGUGGUUUGCUGCUGUUCAGCGUUUAAAACCCAUCAUGACGUCCCCGGCGAAAUUCCGAAAAGACAAGGAGAUUAUAGCUGAAUAUGAGACUCAAGUCAAAGAGAUCCGGGCCCAGUUGGUAGAACAGCUCAAAUGUCUGGACCAGCAGUGCGAGCUUCGUGUGCAACUCCUCCAGGACCUGCAGGACUUCUUCCGCAAGAAGGCCGAGAUCGAAAUGGACUACUCGCGUAAUCUGGAGAAACUGGCUGAGAGGUUUCUGACCAAGACACGCAGCACCAAGGACCACCAGUUCAAGAAGGAGCAGAACGUGUUGUCUCCGGUGAACUGCUGGAACCUACUGCUGACUCAGGUGAAGCGUGAGAGUCGUGACCAUGCCACCCUCAGCGAUCUCUACCUCAACAACAUCAUACCACGCUUUGCCCAGAUCAGCGAGGAUUCUGGACGUCUCUUCAAGAAGAGUAAAGAGGUGGGACUUCAGCUGCAGGAGGAUUUGAUGAAGGUCCUGAACGAGCUGUACACGGUGAUGAAGACCUACCACAUGUACAAUGCAGAUAGCAUCAACGCUGAGAGCAAGCUGAAGGAGGCAGAGAAGCAGGAAGAAAAGCAGAUGGGACGCGGGGCACGCCAAGAGGAGCGCCAAACACCACGCUCGCCUGACACGCUCGCCAGCGUCAGGCUCGACGACAAGCCUGUUCGCCGGAGCUCUGUGAAAAAGAUCGAGAAGAUGAAGGAGAAGCGCCAAGCUAAAUACACUGAGAACAAGCUGAAAGCCAUCAAGGCAAGGAACGAGUACCUGCUGGCUCUGGAGGCGACCAACUGCUGCGUGUUCAAGUACUACAUUCAUGACCUCUCCGACCUCAUUGACUGCUGUGACCUGGGCUACCAUGCCAGCUUGCAUCGGGCUCUGCGUACCUACCUCUCUGCUGAGUUUAACGUGGAGACGUCGAAGCACAGCGGCCUGGAGACGAUCGAGAACGCAGCCGAGAACCUGGAGGCCCAGGCUGACAAACAGAGACUAAUGGAGACCUACAACAACAUCUUCUGCCCUCCCAUACGCUUCGACUUCCAGUCUCAUAUGGGGGACCAGAUGGGCUACAUGUGCGCUCAACAGCCACUCCAGGGAGAACUUCUGCAGAGGUGCCAGCAGCUCCAGUCUCGUCUUUCCACACUCAGGAUAGAGAAUGACGAGGUGAAGAAGACCAUGGAGGCGACUCUGCAGACCAUCCAGGACAUGGUGACCAUUGAGGACUUUGAUGUAACUGACUGCUUCCACCACAGCAACUCCAUGGAGUCCGUGAAAUCCACGAUGUCUGAAUCGUUCAUGAGCAAACCGAGCCUGGCCAAGAGACGAGCCAAUCAGCAGGAGACUGAGCAGUUCUACUUCACGAAACUGAAGGAGUUCCUAGAGGGCAGGAACCUCAUUACCAAACUGGAGGCCAAGCAUGACCUUAUCCAGAAGACCCUGGGAGAGAGUCAAAAGACUGACUGUUGCCUUGCCAGCGGAGGGAGGAACUCGACCGUGAAAAAGCAGGAAUCCGUUCAGGUCAUACCGCUGAUCGUAGAGAGCUGUAUUCGCUUCAUCAGCCGACACGGCCUGCACCAUGAGGGCAUUUUCCGAGUGUCUGGCUCACAAGUGGAGGUCAACGACAUUAAGAACGCCUUUGAGAGAGGUGAGGAUCCUUUGGCAGGAGAUCAGAACGAUCACGACAUGGACUCCAUUGCCGGCGUCCUUAAACUCUACUUCAGAGGACUAGAAAACGCCCUGUUCCCGAAGGAGGUGUUCCAUGACCUCAUGACCUGUGUCUCCAUGGAGAAUCUCCAGGAUCGAGCUGCGCACAUCCACAAGGUCCUCCUGUCUCUUCCCAGUCACACCCUGGUCAUCAUGCGAUACCUGUUCGCGUUCCUCAACCACCUGUCCCAGUACAGUGAGGACAACAUGAUGGACCCCUAUAACCUGGCCAUCUGCUUUGGUCCCACACUCAUGUCUGUGCCUGAGGGUCAUGACCAGGUCUCUUGCCAGGCCCAUGUGAACGAGCUGAUCAAGACUAUCAUCAUCCACCAUGACAGCAUCUUUCCUGGGCUACGUGAGCUUGAGGGCCCUGUGUAUGAGCGUGGAGGAGCCACUGAGGAGUACUGUGAUAGUCCACACAGUGAGCCCCCCCUAGUGGACGAACCAGCACCCGACGCCGUCUUAGACACCCAUAACAGUGAUGAUGGCUCGUUGAAUGUUUCAGACUCCGACCCCAUCGAGGCCAUCGCACGCUUCGACUACUCAGGGCGUAACAACCGCGAGCUCUCGUUUAAGAAGGGCGCCUCGCUGCUGCUGUACCACCGUGCGUCUGACGACUGGUGGGAGGGACGACACAACGGCAUUGACGGCCUUGUACCCCACCAGUACAUAGUGCUCCAGGACAUUGCGGAUGGUGGUUAUACAGGUCGAGGAAGUCCAAAAGGUGACCUAGAGCCACCACAUGAGGGAAUAGAGGAGAAAGUGUCUACCAGAGGCAAUGCCAGCUCCCCCAUUGGAAGCCAUGUAGCCGACAUAUAUCUGGCCAACCUUAACAAGAUGAGGAAGCGCCCAGAAGCAGGUGGAAUCCGCAGAACGUUCCGGCCGAUAGAAGGCACCGGCGAGGGCUCGUCCGGACCCACAGGAGGUCUGAGAGGAACUUCGUUGCCUGCAGCUGCGCUGCCCAAAGAGGGCUCAGACAAGCGGCCACUGAGCGCCCACAGUGUCCUUAACUCCAUCACCCGCCACUCAUCCCUUAAGACCAAGGUGGAGAGCCCUCAGUUCCGCCGUGGAACCCCUGCAGGACGCUCCAAGAGUUUUAGCAACCAUCGACCUCUGGAACCUGAAGUGUUCUCGCAGGUUGAGCACAGCUCACAGGAAAUCCAGGGGACCAUGAGCACGACACUGAGCGAGCUUCAGGAUCUGGACAAGAAGAGCAGCGUUAAACCAGCUCCCGACGUUGUACUCGACACUCUGGAGCAGCUGAAGAGCGGCGGAGUCUCCGAGCCGUCCAGCCCGCUGCACUCCCGUCCGCUCCAGCACCCGCUCCAGUGCCCGCUCCAGCGCAGCGCCAGCUCGGCCAGCGACGUGCCCUCCGCCUCACGCCCGGUCAAGAGCCCAGCACCUAAGAGCCCUUUGUCCUCAGGAACUGCGGCACUGUCUCCUUCCACUUCCACUUUCCGAGAUAAUCGACCGCCAGCCACCAGACCCAAACCUACAGUCUUCCCUAAAAGUAGCAGCUCCAGCAGCACCACCAGUAUCCCUCCAUCUCCCCCACCUCCUCCUCCCCCUACCGAUAAAUCCUGCCCGGCUUGAGAAAUCCAUAAAACCUUGCUGUAUUGUGAUUCCAAAAUCCAGCCACUGUUUGAUCCCGAUUGUCAGUGGAGGGAUAAAUAACUAACCUCUUUUAAUUUCUCUCAUUAUGGACAGUAACCUCAAUUCUGAACUGAAUGGUAUGGUGUAUGGUUGUGUGUGUGCGUGUGUGUAUUGUCUGUGUGUGGUCCACAUGCACAUGGUGGGAUUUUUCAGCACUGUUGAAACCCGAGAAAAGAAUUCUUGCUGGGACCUGAAUACUUUCGAGCUCUCUUUGUAACCUAGGAUUUAAUUUUUUUUUUUUUUAAGGGUUGUGAAUUGGAUUGGAUUAUUUUGGAAAAUAUGUAGCUGUGAAUAACUCUCAUGUUCUUUCCACUCUCUCACUUUUUACUUAAAUACUUACUCUAGGGGGAGCUGGACUUUACGUGUGCCAUGGACUUGUACUGCGAUACUCUACUAUGAAAUCCAUAGUGUUGUGAAAAAAAUGUAUCUGUGUAUUUAUAUGCAGUUGUUUUAAGUACUGAGAUUGUGUCCAUGUUUUUUCAUCUGAAAAAGCGAUAUUGGCUUGUACCUUCCUCAUCGGAUAUUCCCGCGUUUGUAAUUCACCAUAAAGCCCAAAAUCUUCAGUACAUCUUCUCUGUAGGAAUUCCAGCAUGGCAACUUGCUUGCAGCUUUUUCCUCUUGAAAAGUAAUACACACCUCCGCUGUUAACAAAAACUGUAACUGCUUAGUUUGCUGAACACUAAUCAGCAGUUAUGAUCUAGAACUUAAGCCUGUUUGCUGUGAAUCAUAAUUAACCAUUUAUCCACAAGCAUCUGGCAGGCUCUCAGGACACACACAAAAGAAAUAAGUCGCUUCCCACCUUAUUGUGCAAUAAUCUUUGCAUCACACCAGCUUUAUCUGUUCAUUGACUUUAUCUUAUCUAGUUGAAUCAAUAGGAAAAUUGGGAUAGGGCGGGACUAUCGUAAAAAGAGGAGCAGCUAAAAAAGUAGCGCUCACACUGAACAUAUGCCUUUUUGUUUUCUUCCUGGUGGAUGGCACACAUAUAAAAAAGAAAAUAAUGUUACUAAUUUUACUUAAAAUCACUUGCCAUCAAAAAAUGUGGACAAACAUCCACUUACUUCUGAUGCAUGUAACUUAUUGGUGCCAUGUGAUCAAACAGUCUGCAUGCUAAAAAAAAAAAAAAAAAAAAAAAAGUCUGGAGGGAUCUGUGUGGGAGAACUUGAAAUCUAAUUUAAUGGGUCUGUAAACAAAUGGAUAAAAUUGUGGAAUUAUUUGGAACAGAACAGGAACUUCUAGCAGAAUUGCACACCAGUCAGUCCAAGACACUGGGCAUCCUGCCUGACAAGAGCAGUGCUGUUAUUGGGGCAAAAAGAGGCGUAACCAUGUGGUAGAGAAUUUUAGGAAAUUAUUCCAUGCAACUCCAUUUGAUCCACUGAGCUGACAUGUCUUAGUAGUACAAGGGGCGUUCAUGUCAAACCGGGACUUUUGAUUGCCCAAAAUGGGAAAAUACAUAAACCUAUAAGUUAAAAACUUUAUUUCUCUAUAUAAUCCACUGCUAUAUUAAUGGACUUUCCCCAGCCUUUCAAUAAUGCUUGGAUACCUUGAGCGUCAAAAGUGUCCCCAGUAAUCUGAAGCCCUUAUAGGAUUACCUGCUUCACGUUGGCCUCCUAGGAACUCCUGUAAUCGCUUGGAGCGAGGUCAGGACUGUACGGGGGUGAGAUAAUGUUCAAGUCCAAGUUCCGAUAAUGUGCAAGUUGUGUUUAAGAAUGAUUUUGUGUGCAGGUUCCACAGAUAGACAGAUAACUUAAAUCAUUUACAGGAAUGAUUGCAGUACGCUCUGACCCACCUCGGACAGGAUAGUCAUUCACCC